AUGGGGACACUAAAAAACAUUAUUCAUUUAUAUCUAUGUUUGCUAUGUUUUGCAUGGCAAACAUAUUGUGGUAAAGUCUUUCCUCCUCUACCACAUCAAAACGUUGUCGAAAAAACAUACAUUGUUAAACAUACAUACGGAGGAUCGGGAUUAAAUGAUGUCUUCAAACGUCAAAACGCAAGUUGUAAGAAUCGUCUAAAUUUAGACAUUAUAAACUCGACAUCAGUUACGUGCGCUAGUGAAAAUGAUGUUCACAAACUCUGUAGUGAUAGUGGAGUUGAAUCCGCUCAUCCGGUGAUUAAACUAUCACCAACCUCAUUUCGAGUAGCUUUUGCUGAUCAUGUUACUGGAGUUACUGAAACUAUUGAAAAAUUAAAAUUUACUGGCAAGGGCAUCAAGGUUGGUGUUAUAGAUAAUGGAAUUGAUUUGUUUCAUCCGGCUUUUGGUACAUGUGACGGGACUAUUGGGAAACCUGGAUGCAGAGUUCAAUUUGGUUUUGAUUUUAUUGGAAAUGGCACUCCUGAAAACCCUAUUCCCGGUCCUAUUCCUCAAGAAAAUUGCAAUGGCCACGGAACUCAUUUGGCUGGCAUAAUUGCUGCGGAUGAUCAUGUUAAAAAUUUUACGGGUGUCGCUCCCGAAGCUAAGGCGGAUGGAAUGCAAAUCAUUAAUCUUUCUAUUGGUCAUAAGUUUACUGCUUGGCCAGAAGACCCUCUUGCGGCUGCGACAUCCGCAAUAGCAGAUAGUGGUAUAGCCACCGUUAUUUCCAUAUCUAAUGAUGGUAAUUCGGGUAUUUUUACCCUGGGCUCUCCAGAGGCUGGAGCCAACGUUAUUUCGGUUGGCGCUAUUGAAAAUUUCAAGUUCUUUACUUUCUUCUUGCUCUUGAGUACUGAUCCAUCAAGAAAAAUUAUUUAUGCAACAACCCGAAUUACUCUUCAAUUUGGUUUGUCCGGUCCACUUCCUAUUAAACCAACAAGCAACGUACCUCUUACAGCAGGUGAUGCCUGUAAUAAUGUUACCGGGAGUUUUACUGGAUCUAUUGCUUUAAUCGCGCGAGGAGGAUGUAGCUUUGAUCUAAAAGUCACCAACGCUGUAAAUGCAGGUGCAGUUGGUGUAAUCUUUUACAAUAAUGACCCAGCACAAUCAUUUGCGAUAGGUGUAACGGGUGCGACCCCGAGUGCGAUGAUUUCCAUGAAUGAUGGACUAUUUAUUUUAAAUGAAAUUAAUCGUAAUCCCUCAGUGACUGUCUCAUUUCCAAAUAAUACGAUAAUUGCUGACUCCCAAAUUGGUGGUCAGCCUCUAAAUUCAAGUGGAUUGGGUCCAACUUUCGAAUUGGACCCGAAACCAGACUUUUUGGCCCCCGGAGGUCGUAUUUUUAGCACUUUUCCCAUAGCCCUUGGAUCAUAUGCAACAUUAUCAGGAACAUCGAUGGCUGCAGCUUAUAUGUCUGGUACUGUUGCACUUUUUUUACAGGCAAAAGGAACAACCGAUCCGAAACGUGUUCGAGACAUUUUUCAAGUUACCUCAAAACCAUUAGAAAUGAAAGACUUGAAUCAAAAAUCACUUGGAAUGCUUCAUUCAGUAUCUAAACAAGGUGGUGGUGUAAUUAAUGUAUUUGACGCGAUAGAAUCUCAAGUCUUAAUUACACCCGGAAGAUUAGCACUUAAUGAUACACCACAUUUUAAUGGAACUGCUUUUUUCCAAAUUACAAAUAAUUUUCAUGAUACCGCAAAAUUUGUUAUUUCUCACAGACCCGCUGCUUCUGCGAGAGGAUUCUUUGGAGGACAAUUAGUUCCAUUAGCUAAUACUUUAUUUGAAAAAUUUUUCGCUACAGUUAAAAUUGAACCUUCGUCGAUCAUAUUAAAACCUGGAAAGUCAACUACAAUUAAAUUAAGUAUAACACCACCUGUUCAAUUAGAUCCUCAAGAAUUUGGUAUAUAUUCUGGAUUCAUAGUUGUUAAAAAAAUUGAUGGAAAUGGUCACGAUGGAAAUGGUCACGAUGGAAAUGAUCACGAUGGAAAUGGUCACGAUGGAAAUGAUUACGAUGGAAAUGGUCACGAUAAAAAUCAUAAACGCCAUAGACAUCAUAAACGCUCCGAUGAAGAUAGUGAAAACAAUGAUGAUAGUGAUAACAACAAUGGAGAUAAUGAAAACAAUGAUGAAUAUAAAAAUAAUGAUGAUAAUGAAAAUAACCAUGAUUCUGAAAAUAACGAUGAUAAUGAAAAUAAUGAUGAUUCGGAAAACAACAAUGAUUCGGAAAGCAAUGACGAUUCUGAAAAUAACGAUGAUUCUGAAAACAACGAUAAUUCUGAAAACAACAAUGAUUCUGAAAACAACAAUGAUUAUGAGAACAACAAUGAUCCUGAAAACAAUAAUGAUCCUGAAAACAACAAUGAUCCUGAAAACAACAAUGAUCCUGAAAACAACAAUGAUUCUGAAAACAACACUGAUUCUGAAAAUAACACUGAUUCUGAAAAUAACGAUGAUUCCGAAAACAACAAUGAUUAUAAAAACAACGAUGAUUAUAAAAACAACAAGAAUAUUGAAUAUACAAUCCCAUACCUUGGCCUAAAGGGCGAUCUUCAUACAUUCCCAGUGUUAGGUUUAGAUAUUGCAACAAAUUCACCAUUUAUAGUCGACAAUACUAAUCUAAACAUGAUUUUCAAUGAAACCGAAAGUGUAACUUUCACAUUUGUAAAUAAUAGCUUUCCAAGUUUAUUUUAUACAAUGCUUUUUGGAUCCCCAUUAGUAAGAACAGAUUUGGUUACGGCAGGUACUAAUACUACUGUUGGUGUAGUAUUCCAAGAUCUCUUUUCAGGCAGAAAUGAUCAAAAUGAUCAGGUAAAUGGUAAUAUAUUUUUCUUUGAUUGGAACGGAAUGGCCUUACAAAAUGGUUCUCCUAUACCGACACCAGUAGCGAACGGGAAAUAUCAAUUCAUUCUUAAUGCUUUACAUGUGUUCGGAGAUCCUAAUAAUAAUGCUGAUUUUAUGAAGUGGCGAUCUCCAAUUCUUGUGGUUAAUCGACCUUAA